AUGUCGCUUGCACUUCUCUCCGUUUCUCUCUUCAAAGCGUACUGGGCCCACCUCUGUUUUACCCUGAUCGUUGCAAAACUCAUCCACAACCGAUUCGGAAAAGGCUUAUCACACAUUCCUGGGCCAUUCCUCGCAUCUCUCAGUGAUAUUUGGUUAUUAGUUCAUUAUGUGCAGCGGCGAGGUCUUAAGGAACGCGACUUACACCUCAAAUAUAAUUCCUCAUUAGUCCGUCUGGGCCCUAACACAGUCUCCGUGUCGGACCCUGAGGCGCUUAAGAUAAUAUAUGGAUGGAAGCCGGUUUUGCAAAAGAGUCGACUCUACAUCUCCCAAUACGUCACAGCAAACGACGGCUCAAUUCUAGAUAAUGUAUCCUCCACGCGGGACGAGAAGAAGCAUAGCGCGUUGCGACGCGCUGUUGCCAAUGCUUAUGCCCUCGGGACUCUGAUUGAAUUUGAGCCACUAGUGGAUUCAACUUCUUUAUGCUUCUUCCAACAAAUGAAGGAGCGAUUCGCUGCGACUGGGAUUGAAUGUCCUCUCUCACAGUGGGUGCAGAUGUACGCCUUCGAUAUCAUUGGCGAACUCACGUUCAGUAAACGGUUUGGUUUUCUCGAACAAGGAAAAGACCUUGAGAAUAUGAUGCACCAUACUGGUAAGGCCAUGGACUAUAUUGGCAUAAUGGGACAAUUGCCAACUCUUGAUGAAUAUGUGAGACUCAAGGGAUUUGGGCAUAUCCUUCGAAAGAUCCGCCCAACAGGACCACUGAUGAAGUUUACGGCAAGGCAAAUCAGUAGCCAUGCGUCGAGUCAUGAUGAUUCUCGUCCCGACUUCCUCACAAAAUUCGUUAAAGCUCGUGAGAAAUAUCCAGAGCUCAUGACUGAUCAACGAUUAGCAACAUAUACAAACACCAAUAUCAGCGCAGGCUCCGAUACCACCGCUAUUGCCCUUAGAGAAAUUCUCUACAGGACCUUGACACACCCGCAAUGCUUGGAUAAGGUGUUGGCUGAAAUUCGCUCAGUCCUCCAGGCGCGAAAAGUCUCAAUUGCCAGCGAGAAAGACAUGGACAAGCCAAUAACUUGGAUUGAGAGCCAAGGAAUGUCCUAUUUUCAAGCAGUGGUCAAAGAGUCUCUCCGAGUACACCCUGGCUUAGGGCAAAUUAUCCCCCGUGAUGUCCCCAAAGGUGGUCUAACCAUCUGUGGCCAGUACCUUCCCGAGGGGACGGUAGUUGGCUGCAAUGCGUGGACAGUUCAUAGAGAUCGCGGUCUGUAUGGAAACAAUGUGGACGAAUUUGUUCCUGAGAGGUGGUUGGAAUCCGACGAGGAGCAUAUCCGAAAGAUGGAAAACGCUAAUUUCGCUUUCGGAGCGGGACCGCGGGUUUGUCUGGGGAAGAAUAUCGCCUUGCUGGAAAUUUGCAAAUUCGUGCCCGAGUUUUUCAGGCGAUUUGAAAUUACACUAGUAGAUCCAAAGAGAUAUAAGCUGCUGCCGGGGUGGCUGGUUUUGCAACAGGGACUCGACGCCAAACUGACAUUGAGAGAUCCAACACUGUUUAUGGAAGAUACGGAUUAG